AUGGCAGAAGGAGUCCUCUUCAACAUUGCAGAAGGAAUCAUUGGAAGGUUAGGCCCCCUGGUUUUGCAAGAGAUUGCAUUGCCUUGGGGUGUCAAAGAUGAGCUCCGAAAGCUUGAGGAAAAAGUUACCCAACUCCGAGCUGUUCUUCUUGAUGCGGAGCAAAAGCAAGCCAAUGAUAAUGAAGUCAAAGUGUGGCUCGAAAGCGUAGAAGAUGCAGUUUAUGAAGCUGAUGACGUGCUCGAUGAGUUUUAUACUGAAGCUCAGUGGAGACAAAUGGUGCCUGGAAAUAAUAAAGUGUCAAAGCAGGUACGCAUCUUCUUCUCUAGCUCAAAUCAGCUUGUUUUUGGGCUGAAAAUGGGUCAUAAGAUAAAAGAUCUUAACAAGAGACUUCAUGAGAUGGCCUCGAAUAGAACAUUUGGUCAGUUAGAAAGGAAUCGUGAAGAUGUAGAAUUUGUAAGAAGAGAGAGGGUCACUCACUCAUUUGUCCGGGAGGAUAAUAUAAUAGGGAGAGAUGAAGAUAAAAGAGUAAUUAUUCAACUUUUGUUGGAUUUGGAUCCCAUCUCAACAGAAAAUGUCUCAACUAUUUCCAUAGUUGGAUUUGGAGGAUUGGGAAAAACUGCACUUGCCCAACUAGUUUUCAACGAUAAGGAGGUUCAAAAUCAUUUUGAGCUGAAAAUGUGGAUAUAUGGAAAGAAAUACCUCCUUGUGUUAGACGAUGUGUGGAAUGAAGAUCAUGGAAAAUGGGACGACUUGAAAGACUUGUUGAUGGGUGGUGCAAGAGGUAGUAAAAUACUAAUAACUACUCGUAGUAAAAAAGUUGCAAAUAUAGCAGAUAGAGCUGAACCAUAUAACUUAAGGGGCUUGAAUGACGAGCAGUCUUGGUUUUUAUUUAAGAAAAUGGCGUUCGAAGAGGGAAAAGAGCCAGAGAGUUCAACAAUUAAGGCCAUUGGGGAGGAGAUUGCUAGAAAAUGUCAGGGGGUUCCUCUUGCUAUAAGGACCAUAGGACGGAUGUUGUACUCUAAACAUCAAGAAAGUGAGUGGUUGGCUUUCAAGAGCAACAAGCUUUCAACAAUAAGUCAAGAAGAAGAUGUUAUUAUACCAACACUUAGGCUGAGUUAUGAUGUUCUCCCAUCACAUUUGAAACAUUGUUUUGCUUGUUGUAGUUUGUUCCCCCCAGAUUAUGAGAUUCCCGUAGAGAAUUUAAUUAAGCUGUGGGUGGCACAAGGGUUCGUUAAGUCUUCAAAUCCUAAUGAGUGCUUGGAAGAUGUUGGUUAUGAAUAUUAUAACGAACUAGUUUGGAGAUCUUUUUUCCAAGAAGAAGAAAAAGAUGAGUUUGGUAUAAUAACAAGCUGUAAAAUGCAUGAUCUCAUGAAUGAACUUGCUGUUAAAGUGGCAGGGGAGGGAAGCAGAAUAAUAGAUCGCAGUAAGACUGAUUUUGAUGCAAAACGUCUUCUUCAUGUAUCUUUCGAUUUUGAUGUUGAUUCGCUGGAAUGGAAAAUACCGACAUCCUUGCUGGAAUCACAUAAGCUAAGGACUUUUCUUUUCCUAAGUCAAAUGGGGUGGGAGAAGUCAUUUCAGAGGUCAUUUUGUGCUACAAUUGCUUCAAAUUUUAAGUCAUUGCGUAUGUUGAGUUUGAAUAGAUUGGGAAUUACAAAAUUGCCAAAAUGUCUUAAGAAAAUGAAACAUUUAAGAUAUCUUGAUCUUAGUGGAAAUCCCAUUGAGAGACUUCCAAAUUGGAUAGUCAAACUUCAAAAUUUGGAAACACUAGAUCUCAAAUGGUGUGGCUCUCUUGUGGAAUUGCCUAGAGAUAUCAAGAAAUUGAUCAACUUGAGGCAUCUCGUUUUGGAACGUUGUUAUGAAUUGGCUCGGAUUCCUCGUGGAUUGGGUGAAUUGACUCGUCUUCGUACUUUGAGUAUGUUUGCUUUGAGUGAAAAGAAAUCCAUGUCCAAGGACAGUGCAGGGCUCAGUGAGUUGGGGAAGCUGAAAGAUUUAAGAGGAAAGUUGGAGAUCAGAAAUUUGGGGUACAAGAAAGAUAUGGUGUCAGAAUUGAAUUAUGAUGGUGCAGUUUUGAAGGAGAAACGACAUCUCUAUUCGUUGACUUUACAUUGGAUGGGCAUCGAAAGAGAAAAUAGUGAUGCGGUUGAGGAGGAGAGUGAUGUAAUUAUUAAGUCAAUGGAAGCGCUGCAGCCCCAUCCAAGUCUAAAACAGUUAACCUUGGUGAACUAUAUGGGUGCGAGGUUUGCGAGUUGGUUUCAUUCUCUCACAAAUAUUGUUAAUCUCACAUUGUCUGACUGUGAUAGAUGCCAACAUCUUCCACCGUUGGAUCAUUUACCUUUUCUUAAGAGUCUUGACCUUUGGGGGUUAAGGAAUUUGGAGCACAUAUCAGCAGAAGACAAGGUUAAGGACUUUGCCGGUGAUGAGAUGAUGAUGAUGUCAGCUGCUUCUCCAUCGACGACCUUCUUUCCCUCCUUAGAGAGUCUUUAUCUACAUGAUUGCCCUAAUCUCAAGGGAUGGUGGAGGAAUGAAACAGCUUCAGCUUCUUCAUUUCGUUGUCUUUCUACUUUAUCCAUACAGAGUUGUCCUAACCUAACUUCCAUGCCGCUGUACCCAAAUCUUGAUAGCCUGGGGUUCAAGAGCAGCAGCUGGAAGGUCCUUCCCUCCUCCUUUGUUCCCUCCUCCAAAUUAAAGUUUCUGUACAUUACAGCCGUUGAGGAUAUAGAAUAUGUGCCAGAAGAAGGGAUUGGAAACCUCACAUUACUCCAAGUGCUCUCAAUUGAUGGUUGCCCUAAUUUGGUAUCACUUCCAGAUCAAGGGAUGGGUCGCCUCAGCUCCUUACAGGAACUGGAAAUUUGGGAUUGCCCGAAAUUGGCGUCACUACCAGAAGGGCUUCGUUGCCUCGCCUCAUUAAAAAGGUUGACAAUUGGAGAUUGCCCCAUCUUAAAGCAAAGAUGCCAGAAAGAAACAGGUGAGGACUGGUCCAAGAUUGCUCACAUCCCAGAAAUUAUCAUGUAG